AGUGUUUAGUUUCUCCACCAGCGUGUCCGGCUCUCAGGUCAGCUGCCCUUUGUUUCAUUUUUCUUCCUCCGUGAGCACUCUCCAACAGCAAAAAUGGAAGCCAUCAAGAAAAAGAUGCUUAUGCUGAAGCUGGACAAGGAGAAUGCACUGGACCGGGCCGAGCAAGCUGAGGCAGACAAGAAAGGAGCCGAAGAGAGAAGCAAGCAGCACGAAGAUGAACUUCUGCAAAUGCAAAAGAAGCUGAAGGGAACAGAAGACGAGCUCGACAAAUACUCUGAAGCCCUCAAGGAUGCUCAGGAAAAGCUGGAGGUUGCUGACAAAAAGGCUGCUGAUGCUGAGGCAGAAGUGGCUUCCCUCAACAGACGCAUCCAGCUCGUUGAGGAAGAGUUGGACCGAGCUCAGGAGAGGCUGGCAACGGCUCUACAGAAGCUGGAAGAAGCUGAGAAGGCAGCCGAUGAGAGCGAGAGAGGUAUGAAGGUGAUUGAGAACAGGGCUUUGAAAGAUGAAGAAAAGAUGGAGCUCCAGGAGAUUCAGCUGAAAGAAGCCAAACAUAUCGCAGAAGAAGCCGAUCGCAAAUAUGAAGAGGUGGCUCGUAAGCUGGUGAUUGUUGAAGGAGAGCUGGAGCGUACAGAGGAGAGGGCAGAGCUGGCCGAGGCUAAAUGUGCUGAGCUGGAGGAGGAACUGAAGAACGUCACAAACAACCUGAAGUCUCUGGAGGCUCAGGCUGAGAAGUACUCUCAAAAGGAGGACAAGUAUGAGGAAGAAAUCAAGAUUCUCACAGACAAGCUAAAAGAGGCUGAGACAAGAGCUGAGUUUGCUGAAAGGUCUGUAGCCAAGCUGGAGAAGACUAUUGAUGAUCUGGAAGAUGAGCUUUACGCUCAGAAGUUGAAGUACAAAGCCAUCAGUGAAGAACUGGACCACGCUCUCAAUGACAUGACCUCCAUUUAAACAUCCAGCGGUUCCACCAUUACGGACCCUCUGGAUCUUCUUCAUCCUCUGGCUGUUCAUCUUCACCUCCACCCAGCUCCACUGGUGCCUGUUGUAGCUCCCCCCCUUUCUGCUCAACUGGCUUCUUUACAUUUCAGUCUCAUCUGACGGAUGUUGUUCAGUUUGUGCUGAAUGUUUUUGCCCUUUCGUCAUUUGAUUUAUUCAUCAGAUUUUGUUUUUAUCUCUGUAUGACUGUGGCAGACAAAAAAAAGAAAUGCCUGGGUCAACGCA